GCGCAAAGUUUGGCGGGGAAAUCUCGCCUUUUCUUUGCAUCCUGAUGUUUUAGCAUGUAACGUGAGACUGACAAAAUGCAAGCCUAAAAACUUUUUGGACGACAUGCCGGAAAGGACCACCCGGACGUUUCGUUUUGCGCACACUUUACGCACUUUGGACUGUGCGUAAAAGCAGCACCGGAAGUGAAGUCAUCGUUAUUAUUAUUAUUAUUAUUGAACCCCAUCCCAUCCCUCAUUUCCAUAUCUUGUUGCAGCCAAUCCCCCACCACAGAGGACACCGAGGGUCCUAAAAGCGCCAGACCCCCACCCCCUUCCUUCCUUCCAUCAUCAUCAGCAUCAUCAUCGCCGCACUGACAUGCGCAAUCGGCACCGCCGGGCAUCCACACCAGCCUCGCUCCUCGGUGGCGCUUAUUUCAUUCGGUGCUCUCCCACCGGAGGCUCCCAGUCGCUGCUAGCCGAGGACGGAGGGCCAGGCGGUGGCGUGAAAAGAGCGACAUGUCCCGGCGCAAGCAAGCCAAGCCGCAGCAUCUCGGGGCCGGCCAGGAGGAGCGUCGUGGCGGCCUCCUCCUCCUCGGAGAUAACGGCUCAGUGGAAGGCGGGGAGAGAGAGGACACCAGCGGGACUGGAAGUUCCCCCCGCAGUGAGGACACGCACGUUUGCGACAAAUGCUGCGCCGAGUUCUUCACUUGGGCCGAGCUGAGCGAGCACCAGAAGUCCUGCGCCGAGGAUCGCUCUGUGUUGAUUGUGAGGGACGGCGAAGGGAAGCACUGCGCCGGGGAAUCUCCCUCUCCCGUCCCCAGCGUGGUGUCCAGUGACUCGUCUGUGGUGGAUGCCGGCUUUGAGGUGGGGGAGACGCCUGUGACCGACGACAGCCUGGACAACUUGGAGGAAGGGCUGGAUGAAGCCAUGGAGGUUGAACAUCACCCACGGGACAAAUACGCAAUCACCUCCAGCCCUCCGCCGCCUGAAUCCACCGCGUCCCCGCUGGUUUCAGCCACCUACAGCAUACCCAACACCAACGUGACCCUGGAGAUUCUUCACAGCACCAGUGUGGCCGUCGCCCAAUUCUCCCAGGCGGUCGGCAGUAACGGCACUGCAGGGAGGUCCGCUUCAGCUGCCAUCCCCGUCAUUCUGGAGCACCUGCUGGCACUGCAGCAACAGCAAGUUCACCAGUUGCAGCUCAUCGAGCAGAUCUGCAGCCAGGUAGCCACCAUGAACAAGCAGCCGAGCCAGGGCGCGUUAAACCCGGUCUCCAGACCCCUGUCCAACGCAGCUAACACCUUCCCUUCGACUAACCCCCUGUUGCCGCUGUCAGGAAGUACGCCCUCCAAUGUCAACGACCAGGCUGCUGUUUUGGUGCCUGAAAAGUCACAAAGUCUCCCCUCAGAAACUGUAUGCAAGCAGUCAUCCUUUAGAGAUGCUGUAUGUUCCUCCGUUUCCUCUGAAAAUUCAACUCCAUCCCUCUCCACUUGCAGCAGCAUCUCUGCACUGAUCCCUCCUUACACCGGCUCACAAGUAAGCAGCAUUAGCAGCUCUCAGACCCUCAGCUGCCCCAGUCAUCUCCCCCUGGGGCAGAGCAAUCUCCUCGGCUCCCCCGCCAGCCUCCCCUUCUUGCCUCAGAGCCCCCCCAGCAGCGUCAUCUUCCCCAAUCCCUUGGCCAGCAUCGCGGCUACGGCCAAUGCGCUCGAUCCCCUCGCAGCCCUAAUGAAGCACAGGAAGGGGAAACCACCAAACGUGUCCUUGUUUGAAAGCAAGCCUGCCCCUGAGGAGCCUUUCUUCAAACAUAAAUGUCGCUUCUGUGCCAAAGUGUUUGGCAGCGACAGCGCCCUGCAGAUCCACCUGCGCUCCCACACUGGAGAGCGGCCCUUUAAAUGCAACAUCUGCGGCAACCGCUUCUCCACUAAGGGAAACUUGAAGGUGCACUUUCAGAGGCAUAAAGAGAAGUAUCCUCAAGUUCAGAUGAACCCUUACCCGGUGCCGGAAUAUCUGGACAAUGUGCCAACCACCUCGGGGAUUCCCUAUGGAAUGUCCGUACCCCCAGAAAAACCUGUCUCCUCGUGGUUGGAUAACAAACCUGUCGUAGCAACUCUGCCAGCCUCUAUGGGUCUUGCACUCUCCUCCACUAGAACCAGCAUGGGGGGUGGCUCCAGUGAGCCUUCAAGUGUAGCGCCAUCUGUUCAGCCCCUGUACCAGCCAGCUUCUGCUGAGUGUGUGUCACCAAGCCGGAGAGGCAGUGACGCUCACAUGUCUCCACUUUUAGAGACUCCACUGUCCAACCAUGAGCUAGAAGGGUCUAAUAAUCUCACAUCAGAGGUGGUACACCUGCCCCAAAGCUGCACCCAGAUACCGAGAAGCACUCCAGCAACCAGCAGCACGGUACCAUCUAUAGCCACCACACCUGAACCCGUAGCAUCGGCAUCUCCCGUCUCUAGCUCCCCCUCACCCCUCCCAGUAAACCAAGAAGAUGUCUCACUCUCACCCUGUAACCCCCUGGACUCUAUGCAAACCUCAGAAACUUCAAAGCUCCAGCAGCUUGUGGAGAACAUUGACAAAAAGAUCACAGACCCCAACCAGUGCGGCCUCUGCCACCGCAUCCUCAGCUGCCAGAGCGCGCUGAAGAUGCAUUACCGCAUUCACACGGGUGAGAGACCUUAUAAGUGCAAGGUGUGCAGCAGGGCCUUCACCACCAAGGGCAACUUGAAGACCCACGUCGGCGUUCACAGGGAGAACCCGCCCAUCCAGGUACAGCACUCGUGUCCCAUCUGCCAGAAGAAGUUCACCAACGCUGUGGUCCUUCAGCAGCACAUUCGCAUGCACAUGGUUGGGCAAAACCUGGAGUCGGGCCCGCUGGAGAUGGAUGGAGGUAUGAAUGAGAGGAGCUUUGACAGUCCCAGCAGCAAUGACCAAGAGCUCGCUGAUGACGUUUCCAUGGAGGGUGACGACGCAGAGGAAGGACAUGCGGUAGAAAAUGUGGCGGUUCUCAAUUCCCCUAAAUCCUCACCUACCGCUGAGAACCAAAUGAUGAACCUGAGCACCUCCUUUGGGAGUAAAUCCCUCACAAAUGGUUAUGACGACUACGGUCAGCUGCAAAUUAAAUGCUCUUUGACGGAGAAAGGGCUGGAGAACCUGGGUGCAAACAGCCCCCCUGCAACACCGCCUCUAUCACCGGUGCAGAGACUGGCUGCAAGCCACAGGACAGACUCUCGCGAACUUUUUGUUGCCUCUGUAAAGAAAGAACAACUGGAGUCUCCUGCUUCUUUAUCCUUGGAACUGAGGGGAAUGCAAGCCAGCAAACUGUGUGUGAAAGAAGAGACCUGUCCGCCCGUCCAACCGAGACAAAUAGGCCUUCCCAGCCUGACCAGCGCAUCAUCCAGAUCGAUAAAGAUGGAGGUGAACGGUCACACCGAGGGCCAGCACUCGUCCUUUGGUGUGUACCUUUCAGCGCCCUACCCAGCGGUCACCAGCUCGGGAAUAACCUCCCUGCUCGGCCCGGCGCCCCCUCGCCGCACACCCAAGCAGCACAACUGCAACGUGUGCGGGAAGAACUUCUCCUCGGCCAGCGCUCUCCAGAUCCACGAGCGCACACACACCGGCGAGAAACCGUUCGUCUGCUCGGUCUGCGGCCGAGCUUUCACCACCAAAGGAAAUCUGAAGGUUCAUAUGGGAACGCACAUGUGGAACAACACGCCGGCCAGGAGAGGCAGGCGACUAUCCGUGGACAACCCCAUCGCCCUACUGGGUGGCGAUGCCAUGAAGUUCGGAGAAAUAUUCCAGAAGGACCUUGCCGCCCGCGCGAUGAACGUUGACGCUGGGUUUUGGAGCCGCUACGCCAGCGCUAUCACCAACAGCCUGGCUAUGAAGAACAACGAGAUCUCGGUGAUUCAGAAUCGAGGCAUCUCGACACUUCACCAGAUGACUACGGGCAUGGACAGAGUGAACGCUGAAGCGACUCCAAUGACAAGUCUGUCCAAGAAUGGCAUGGAGCUGGGAAACAGCAGGCACUUUUCUAUGCUGAUUGAUGACAGUAAAGAAAUUGGAAUCAAUUGAUGCAAUCUAUUAUGGACAUUAAAGUAUUUGUAAAACAUCUUGUUUCUUCUUAAAUACUGUAUAUAUACACAUAGAUUUAUUUGAUUUGUUAACCAAGAGAUGCUAGUAAGGGAUUCACAUUUUGCUGUCUUUGCUUUGUUUUGGUUUAACAAUUACCUGGGAAUCCACUCAGCGCUGAGAGGGAUGGUUGCUCGGAAGAAGGGAACAUACUGAAUGUUCAAAUCAAUAAUGCAAAAAGUCUGCGCUCCCUCCCCUGGACAGCUGCCCAAUGCUGCUAGCUGGUGCAAAGCACAACAUAUGCUGCUCUGUUUGUCUGUGUUCUUGCUGGAAAAUUGUCUUUUGCAAGCAACACUGGGGCAGAAUAAAAUGGAGAACAAAACGCUCGGUUGCCUACCUCAAUUGCCAUAUACCUCUCCGGAUCAUGUAUUAAAAAGUUCCCUACAAAAAUUGACUGUUGAUGCCGGUUUUAAAUGGUGUUUUGACAUUAAACAUUCUGCUGU